AUGCGUUUUCCUGCUGUUCUCGGUCUCCUUUCUGUGGCAGUCGCCCUACCUUCUGCUGUAAACAACGACGCCCCAGUCGAUAGUCUUAGCAUCGCUGAGCGGGAAGUAGGAGAGGUUAUCAACCGCGCCCCCGAGCAAUCCGCCCAGGACAUCAACAUUCUCUUCGAGAGGGCUUUCUUCGAUCAAACUGUUGACUGGCCUUCCAGCAGUGUCACGCUUGGCACCAUCAGCUUCCAGACCCAGGUCAACAACCUCGGCAGCGACCGCUUCAAGAUCUCUUGGUGGAACUCCGAUCCCGCCAACGCAGGGCGCAAGAUCAAGCUCACCUUCAACGCCGGCGAUGGCACGCGCCUCUACGACGUUGUCUCCUCACCCCAGACAAGGGGCAACACCGAAGUCACCAAGCGCGGCACCCAGUUCCGUGCUAUAUUUGACGAAGAGUAA